UUACAAACGGGUUGUGUUUCAAAACCUUUAAGCGUUUCAGGGCGCCAUAGGCUGAUUCCGGGGAAUUAUACAUUAGUCAGCUAAGCCUAUGCCGUCCAAACAUGCUGUCUAAGUAGGCAGCACACUAGGUAUUGAGCCACAUCCCGCUGAGACACCGAGUAGCGUGUCAACUGCAGUAACCACAGGGCUCCACCUGCAUAUGAGACACGAGAAACACACAGACUGCGUGCUGGAACUCAAAACUCGUGUUCAUUGCACUCCUUUCGAAAGGACAGACAAAGCAGCGGUCCUUUAAAGACAGACACAGAUGAGGUUUGGUAAAGCAUGACCUGCUGGUAGUCUGAACUGUCAGGUCGGGUGAAUGUUGCUCUUUUGUCUCUCAUCGCUUGUGUCUCUGUGAUGGACAUGGAGACAGCUGUCUGUGAGCCGCUUUACCAGAACGGUGACGUCCACCAUGAGGAGCUUGGCCCGAAGCAGCCCACCGCUCUCAGGAUCCACCUCUACCACAGCAGCCAGAGCGACUCUAACUGCGCCCCUCUCUGCUACCCACCGGGAGAAUACGUUACCGAACAGCUCAUCAUCAACACUGCCAAAGAGUGCGGAGUGUCUCCAGUCUACUGCAGCCUGUUCGGACUGUACAAAGAAGAUGAAAGGGUCUGGUUAUCACCCAAUCAUGUUCUCCAUUUAGACGAAACCGCAAAUGAGAGUUUGUUAUUCAGAAUUAGGUACUAUUUUCCCGGUUGGUACAGUUGUGGGGCACCCCGAGCGUACCGCUAUGGAGUGACUAAAGGAUCUGAGAGUCCUAUCCUGGAUGACUGUGUUAUGUCUUACCUUUUUGCUCAGUGGAGGAGUGACUUUGUAAACGGCUGGGUGAAGUUAUCCAAUGCCCAUGAGGUUCAGGAGGAGUGCCUUGGCAUGGCUGUGCUGGACAUGAUGAGGAUUGCCAAAGAGAAGCAGUGCUCCCCACUGGACAUCUAUAAUGACAUUAGUUACAAGUUCUUCCUCCCUAAAGACAUGAGGGAGCAAAUCCAAGACUGCCAUUUUGUCACAAGGAAACGCAUCCGCUAUCGCUUUCGGAAAGUCGUACAGCAGCUCAGCCAGUGCCGAGCCUCAGCCCGCGACCUAAAGCUCAAAUACCUGAUCAGCCUGGAGUCUCUGGACUCUGGCUUCUACACCGAAUAUUUCCAGGUCAAAAAGCACUCGGCCGAACAGGUCACCAUCAUCGUCUCCGCAGACCAUGGCAUCCAGUGGUGCAGAGAACGACACAAAGAAACACAGUCUGAGGACCUGCAGACGUAUUGUGAUUUUGGGGAAGUUGUCGAUAUCAGUGUCAGACAAGCCAACAAAGAGGGUACCAACAUGAACCGCAUUGUUUCCAUCAACAGACAGGAUGGAAAAACUCUAGAGCUGGUGUUCUCCUCCUCAAUGGAGGCGUUGUCUUUUGUGUCUCUAAUUGAUGGCUACUACAGACUGACCACGGAUGCCCAUCACUACCUCUGCAAGGAUGUCGUUCCACCCCAUCUGCUGGAGGCCAUUGAGAGCUACUGCCACGGGCCAAUAUCAAUGGAGUUUGCAAUCAGUAAACUACGCAAGUCAGGAAACCAGAGAGGUCUAUUCGUGCUCCGGUGCAGCCCCAAAGACUUCAACAAAUACUUCCUGACUCUUGCUGUUGGGGCGUAUGAGGAUGUAGAGUACAAACACUGCCUGAUCACCAGGUCUGAGAAUGGUGACUACAAUCUUAGUGGAACCAAAAGGAAUUUUAGAAGUUUAAAGGAGCUGCUCAAGUGUUACCAGAAAGAAACUGUGAAAUCAGAUGAUGUCGUCUUUCAGUUCAGCAAGUGCUGUUCACCAAAGGCCAAAGAGAAGUCAAGUUUGUUGGUGUGCCGGAGUCAUCGGGGUUUAGAGGUUCCCCUGUCCUCCUCACUGCAGAGACACAACAUCAGUCAGAUGGUGUUUCAUAAAAUCAAAAAAGAAGACCUUGAUUUUGGUGAGAGUCAAGGUCAGGGGACAUUCACCAAGAUCUUCAAAGGGAUUCGGAAAGAGCAGGGAGACUACGGAGAAACCCAUAAGACUGAAGUCAUUGUCAAAGUCUUGGACAAAGCCCACAGAAAUUACUCUGAGUCUUUCUUUGAGGCAGCCAGCAUGAUGAGCCAGCUCACCCACAAGCAUCUGGUGUUGACCUACGGUAUCUGUGUAUGCGGAGAGGAGAAUAUCAUGGUGCAGGAAUAUGUGAAGUUUGGGUCCUUGGACACGUACCUAAGGAAAAACAAGAACUCUAUAUCAGUUAAUAUCCUGUGGAAGCUGGAAGUGGCCAAGCAGCUUGCCUGGGCUAUGCUCUUUUUGGAAGAAAAGAAUCUGGCUCAUGGGAAUGUGUGUGCAAAAAACAUCCUUUUGAUCAGGGAGGAGGACAGGGCAUUGGGAAACCCUCCAUUCAUCAAACUAAGUGACCCUGGCAUCAGCAUCACAGUGCUGCCCAGAGAGAUUCUGGUGGAGCGGAUCCCCUGGGUGCCCCCUGAAUGCAUCUUAGACCCUAAAAGCCUGAGUCUUGCCUCAGACAAAUGGAGCUUUGGUACAACUUUAUGGGAGAUUUGCAGCGGAGGAGAAAAACCACUUGCCAGCAUGGACAGCUCCAAGAAACACUUGUUCUAUGAAAAUCGGCACCAGCUAUCUGCUCCCAAGUGGACAGAGCUGGCUAACCUGAUCAACAGCUGCAUGGACUACGAGCCAACAUUCAGACCUUCAUUCAGAGCCAUCAUACGAGACCUCAACAGUCUCUUUUGCCCAGAUUAUGAGAUUGUGAAGGAGAGCGACAUUUUACCCAGUAAAGCAGGAGCAUCUGCACUGAGCACUGGAGCAUUUCAGAAUGAGGAUCUAGUGCAGUUCGAGGAGAGACAUCUCAUUUUCCUGCAGCAGCUUGGCAAGGGAAAUUUCGGCAGUGUGGAAAUGUGCAGGUACGACCCCCUGCAGGACAACACCGGUGAGGUUGUGGCAGUGAAAAAGUUGCAACACAGCACUACUGAGCACAUCCGUGACUUUGAGCGGGAAAUCGAGAUCCUCAAAUCUCUCCAGCAUGAGAACAUUGUGAAAUACAAAGGCGUGUGCUACAGUGCAGGAAGGAGAAACUUACGAUUGGUUAUGGAGUACCUGCCCCACGGCAGUCUACGGGACUAUCUCAACAAGAACAGAGACAGGAUUGACCACAAGAAACUUCUGCAUUAUGCAUCUCAAAUAUGCAAGGGCAUGGAAUACCUUGCGACAAAGCGGUACAUUCACAGAGACCUGGCCACACGUAACAUCCUGGUGGAGAGUGAGUUCAAGGUGAAGAUUGGUGACUUUGGCUUGACCAAGGUUUUACCUCAGGGCAAAGAGUACUACAAGGUUAAAGAACCUGGAGAGAGUCCAAUAUUCUGGUAUGCACCCGAGUCUCUAACUGAGAGCAAGUUCUCAGUAGCGUCAGACAUCUGGAGUUUUGGAGUGGUUCUGUACGAACUCUUUACAUACAGUGACAAGCUCUGUAGCCCACCUACAGUAUUUCUGAGUAUGAUGGGAGGGGACAAGCAGGGACAAACAAUAGUAUAUCAUCUCAUUGAGCUCUUGAAAAGAGGAAACCGUUUACCCCAGCCUAUGGGCUGUCCUUCAGAGAUGUGCGAGAUCAUGCAGGAAUGCUGGGACAAUGAUCUUAGUCUUCGGCCACCCUUCAAGGAGCUCGCUCUCCGCAUAGACUUGAUCCAGGACAGCAGCGAUUCAGACCGAUAUUCCCAAGUGCCUGCGUUUUAAGAAAGAAGCUUCACUCGCUCACCGCUGCCAUGCAGAUACCCAGCCCUGAGCCUGUCCUCCUGCCCUGUCUGCUGUCUUAAUUUGUUUCUUUGUGCCAUUUACGGCAGAUCUGACCCCAGGACUUGAUCACCUCAUCUUCUGACCGAACGAACAGU